AGCAGCAAAGAGCCCCGUAGUAGUAAUAGCUAUUUGUACCUGCAAACUCGACCGUCUCUCCUGCUCUUCAUCUCCCUUUCUACUGUCUCUCCUCUCCCUCGUUGACCCCAUCAUGGGGCACCCGAAACCUGUGUUCUUCUUCGGCGUCCUUAUCGCGGCUCUCCUGCAGUCCUUCCCGGUAGCCUCUCAAGAAGUUGAGGACGAGAAGGAGUUCAGCUACCAGAGGGGGAGCCAGAUUGGACCAGAGCACUGGGGGGAGAUCCACCAUGAAUGGGCUGCCUGUGGCAAGGGUCGGACGCAGUCUCCCAUUGAUCUCUCCGACGAGAGAGUGCAGGUAUUUCCCUGCUUGGGCCGCCUUCGCCGCUCCUAUCGCCCGGCCGAUGCCAUCCUCAAGAACCGUGGUCACGACAUCAUGCUCAAAUGGGAGGAUGAAGCAGGAGGGAUAUGGAUCAACGGAACAGAGUACGGUCUUAAACAGAUGCACUGGCACUCGCCCUCCGAGCACACCAUCAAUGGCCGCAGGUACCCCAUGGAGAUGCACAUGGUUCAUGAAAGCGCCGAUAAUAAAAUCGCAGUCGUCGGCAUUCUCUACAAGAUUGGCCACCGUGAUCCGUUCCUUGCCGAGCUGGAGAGAUACAUUGAGAGGAUUUCAGAUAAGCAUGAGGCCGAGGAGGUGGUGGGCAUGGUGGAUCCAAGGCACGUUAGAAAGGGAAGUAGGAAAUACUACAGAUACACUGGAUCUUUGACCACUCCACCUUGCACUGAGGGUGUGGCUUGGACCAUCAUAAAGAAGGUGCGGACAGUGUCAAGGGAGCAACUGGCCCUUCUAAGAGAAGCUGUCCAUGAUGGCUCAGAGAUGAACGCAAGACCCACCCAAAAGAUGAAUAAGAGGAUUGUCGGUUUAUAUCGGCCUCGACCAUAUCGAUAUCGAUGACUAUGUAUGUUCUUCGCGUAAUACUUAUUUUCAUACAAAACCUCUGUGAAAUUUGAAGAUGAAACAAUAUCUUGCACUUCAAUAUUGGAAUAUCAACCAAAAGAUGGUUUAAAAUUGUCA